AUGCCUAUGCUCGAAGAUCCUUCCGUCAAAUACGACGCCUUUCCUCCAAUCCAUCUCCCCAACAGACAGUGGCCAUCCAAGGUUUUGAAAAAAGCACCCAGAUGGCUUUCCACAGACUUGAGAGACGGCAACCAGUCGCUUCCGGACCCCAUGACGUUUGAAGAGAAGAAAGCAUACUUCCACAAGCUUGUGGAUAUCGGAUAUAAGGAAAUCGAGGUUGCAUUCCCUUCCGCUUCCCAAGUGGACUUUGAUUUCACCAGAUACGCAGUUGAGAACGCACCCGAGGACGUCACGAUCCAGGUUUUGUCGCAAUGUCGUGAGGAACUUAUUCGCCGUACAGUGGAGUCUUUGAAAGGUGCCCACUCGGCCACGGUUCACCUCUAUUUGGCCACUUCUGACUGUUUCAGAAACGUCGUCUUUGGCCUUUCUCAAGAAGAAAGUAAGCAAGUCGCAGUAAAAAUGACGAAACUCGUGCGUGAGUUGACCAAAAAUGACCCAUCUCAAUCCGCAACCAACUGGCACUACGAGUUCUCUCCUGAAACCUUCUCUGACACGAAUCCAGACUAUGUCUUGGAGGUGUGUGAGGCAGUCAAGGCUGCAUGGGAGCCAUCCGUCGAAAACCCCAUCAUUUUCAACUUGCCUGCCACUGUGGAGAUGUCCACGCCGAAUGUGUACGCAGACCAGAUCGAGUACUUCGCUACUCACAUCUCUGAAAGAGAGAAGGUGUGCAUCUCCCUCCAUCCACACAACGAUAGAGGCUGCGCUGUUGCCGCUUCCGAGCUCGGGCAGCUUGCUGGCGCCGACAGAAUCGAGGGCUGUCUUUUCGGUAACGGAGAACGUACUGGUAACGUAGACUUGGUGACAUUGGGCCUCAAUUUGUACUCACAAGGAAUCAGCCCGAAGAUCGACUUCCUGGACUUGAACAGCAUCAUUGACAUUGUUGAGCGUUGUAACAAGAUCCGUGUUCCUGAAAGAGCACCAUAUGGAGGUUCUCUUGUGGUGUGUGCCUUCUCCGGUUCGCAUCAAGAUGCCAUCAAGAAGGGUUUCAACAACUACAGCAACCAGUUGGCCGAGUCAGGCAACAAAAAUGUCAAGUGGAAGUUGCCAUACUUGCCCAUUGAUCCGACCGAUAUUGGCCGUACCUACGAGGCCAUCAUCCGUAUUAAUUCUCAAUCUGGUAAGGGUGGCUCCGCUUGGGUGAUUUUGAAGAACAUGGGCCUCGACCUUCCUCGUCCUUUGCAAGUGGAUUAUUCCAAGGCGGUGCAAGCACAAGCCGAAGAGAAGGGACUGGAGUUGACCAAUGCCGAACUUUGUGUGUUAUUUGAGAAGACUUACUAUGUUGGCUCCGAGACACCUUACGCAUACGAGUUGGUUGACUACUCAGUUACUAGCGCCAAGGCUGGUGUCAGAUCCAUUUCGGUCGACUUGAGAAUCGAGGGCCAGGCCAAAACCAUUGCUGGUGCAGGUAAUGGUCCCAUCUCUGCGUUCUCGAAUGCAGUGGAAAAGGACUUGGGUAUCUCGAUUGAUGUGAAGCAUUACCAUGAACAUUCGCUUGGAGAGGACUCAAACUCUAAGGCUGCCACUUACAUUGGAGCUGUUCUCAAAGACGGCCUGACUGUGUGGGGUGUAGGAAUCCACGAGGAUGUGUCGCAGGCGUCAUUCUUGUCGUUGAUUUCUAUUCUCAACAACUUGCACUAUAAGAAAUAA